AGCGGGGAAUAUAUAAGUCGCGUUCGGUUAGGUUUAUUUCUCUCCUCGACCACCCCUGCCAACACAAGGCCAUCUGCGCAAUUUCCAUACUCUUCAUCUGUUCCGCCCUUCCUCGAAAAUUCCAACACGCAGCGCCAAGUCAGACGUCAAUCUACCUGACAUAUAACCAGCGCUUCUCCGGUCACAAUGGAAGUCGACGCCUCGAGAAUUCCUGGAUCUUCGGUUCUUUCUUCCUAUCCUCCACCAUCCUCCUUCCAAUCCUACACGUUGCAUUCGCGCGGCUGGGCUUUCCCUCCAAACGACUCCUCUCCUGCAUACAUGUCAAGCACUCAAAGCAACGUUAGUGCCUCUCGCGACUACAGGUACAAUAACGGCCACGAAUUUUAUACACAUCCCCCGCCCGCACCCAUGCCAAUGCACUCGCCAAGCGGUAGCCACUUGUCACAUCUUCAUCCACCACCUCAACAAUAUCAUGUACCUCCUGAGUCCUGGUCUCCCCCCUCUACCGAUCAGCACACUCCACACGCCCCAUCCCCUAUGCUUUCAGCUGGCGGCCGAUCAACAGCCCGACGCAGUCCUUCCUCUGAAGCGCAACGCGCACCGAACGCCGCUUUGCUUUAUGCACAGUCUCAAGCACUUCCCCCGUCCACGUCUCUAGCUCUCCUGUCUUCGCAACGAGGCGUUGGAUCGUAUUCCUCGUCGCCCAUCCCUCGUUUGCCACCCAUUCUUCAGGUUGAGAAACAACAGGUAACGACAAGUGCGACACAGGCUGCGAGCGCGAGUCGUCGGCGCAACGAGGCAAACUUCAUAUGUCCGGUGCCGGGCUGCGGGAGUACAUUCACUCGCAGGUUCAAUCUCCGAGGCCAUCUUCGUUCACAUACUGAAGAGCGUCCCUUUGUUUGCGAAUGGCCGGGAUGUGGCAAGGGAUUCGCAAGGCAGCAUGAUUGCAAACGCCAUCAAGCGCUUCAUACGACAAGAUCUCAAUCGAAUGUCUGUCAAGGCUGUGGCAAAACGUUCAGUCGUCUUGACGCCUUGAACCGCCAUUUGCGCUCUGAAGGCGGAAGUGAAUGUAGACAGACCGCAGAAGCUGUUGCCAUCGCAGCCCGUCUAAGCCCGAAAGAGGAGGAAACGGAGACGAAACCCAAAGUUAGUCGUAGUAAGUCAUCCAAGUAAUAUGUACAUGUACGCUACACACGCGCACCCCCUCUGUCUCGAUUACUGUAUGUUCUGUUGGAGCUUUUUUGGUAUGUUCACGACUGCUAUGAUUUGCUAUGUGUACGCUUUAUAGUUGGCAUAAUUCCUACAGACUCAUGUGCAUACUACAGUCAUCGUAAAUUCGUACAUAACUCGUUAUAUAUAUGUUCAAUUC